AUGAAGAUAAAAUUACCCUCUACUGGGUUCAAGACCGCUUUAUUGCACCAGCGAGCUCCAUUACCUGUUAUAAAUGGUGUCAAGAAAUCUUUGAAGCCAGGUGGAUAUGCCGAUGGUGCUGCCGAUAUAGCAUACGCGUUGAGAUCAGCAGGAGAGACAGUCAUUACUCCAGUUGGUGAACCGAACCCGACGACAGAUCUCGAUUGGUCAUUCCCUGAUACCGUUACUGGGAUCCGCGAUGCUGUCGAAAAAGGAGCUGAUGUAAUAUGGGCUAAUGGCCAUACUCAUUCACAACAUGCCCUUGUCGAGCUACGAAAAGAGCUAGCGGUAAAAGGUGUGCGCAUGGUCGGUCAGAACCCUAUUUCCGCUGAAAAAUUCGACGAUAAGGAAUGGGCAAAUAGAUGGUUGGCCUCUCACGAAUCUUUGAGAGGUUCUUUCCCUAGGAGCUUAUUAUACCGUAAAGGCGAUGAGAAGGAGGUAUCCGAAUUCCCACUUCCAGCCAUGGCGAAGCCAGUAAGAGGGAGAGGAUCUCACGGAGUGGUCAAGGUGUCCACACCGGAGGAGAUCGAUACUGCACUUCAAACAUUAUUGAAGGAAUCGGAUGCGGUGUUGAUUGAGGAGUAUCUGGCAGGAGAAGAGAUCACAGUGACCGUGAUGCCCCCAGCUGAAUAUAGCACUGAACAUUGGGCUUUCCCUGUGGUUCACCGGUUCGACCAAAUCAAUGGCGUCCUACCUUGGAACGGGACUGUACCAGUGACGGAAAAUUCUCGUGUGCUUUCGGUCGACCAGCAUGACGCCGAUCCUGCAUAUUCAACGGUGCAGUCUCAAUGCGUUUUGGUCGCUCAAUUGUAUCAGGCCGUUGCACCCAUGCGAAUAGACUGUCGUAGGAAAGAAAGUGGAGGACCGUUUAUCAUCUUCGACGUCAACGUCAAGCCUAACGCUGGAGGACCAGGAAGACCAGGUCGUGAUGGCCAAGCAGCUUUGACUACCAUGGCUGCCGAAACUAUGGGAUGGGAUUGGCCAGAGUUCGCCGUCAACCUACUUCGAACGGGAACUCCAAUUGAUGAACUUUUAGCCCAGAAAUUCAAAUGGUGA